UUCCGGGUUGUUGUGUGAGGCUCCGGCCGGGAGGCGAUAUCUGAGAGGUACCGGGAGUUACGGAAAGAGAUGUGACUGACUCAGUGGCUGUGACGGGAAGCUUGAGGGGGGUAAUUAUUGAAGCGCGAAGAGAUACGGAGGGAGGAACAGCUUUUGUGAGCAGAGAAAGUGAUGGCUUGCUGACCCGCGUCCUCCAGUUUCCGAACGCUGAAUGUAUACUUCAUAACCCAACAUGACUAAGACCCCCUCAGACUUCCAGGCUGACUUGGAGAGGAGUCUCCCAGCGAUUGCCUCCAUCAAUUCCUCCUUCAGCCAGAGCCAGAUCUUUUCCCCCCAGUACUGUCUGCCGCCCGAGCAGCGCAGGGUCAUAUCAGAUGUUCGCAGGACCUUUUGUCUAUUUGUCACCUUCGACCUGCUGUUCGUAUCACUCCUGUGGAUUAUUGAACUGAAUACUAAUAAUGGCAUUAAGAAGAAUCUGGAGCUGGAGGUCUUGUCUUAUACUUUUGGCACCUCUUUCUUUGACAUUUUUCUUCUGGCUGUCUUCCGGUUCUCCGUCCUGCUCCUUGGUUAUGCUGUAUUGCGUCUCCGUCACUGGUGGGUCAUCGCGAUCACCACGCUUGUGACCAGUGCGUUUCUCAUUGCAAAGGUUAUUAUGUCUCAGCUCCUGUCCAGAGGUGCCUUUGGCUUUGUGUUACCAAUUGUGUCGUUUGUGCUAGCAUGGCUGGAGACGUGGUUCCUGGACUUCAAGGUGUUGACGCAAGAAGCAGAGGAGGAGAGAUGGUACACGGCUGCUCAGGCCGCGGCUAUCCGACCUCCUUCCCUCUACCCGGGGGCCAUGUCUGAAGGGGGGCAGUUUUACUCUCCACCAGAAUCCUUUGCCGGGUCUGACAACGAGUUUGAUGACGACGAGGACGCUGUGGGAAGACGGGCGGUAACAGACCAGGACCGAGAGUAUGUGCGGCAAGGAAAGGAGGCCAUGGACGUUGUGGAUCAGAUUAUUGGUCAGGAAGUGAACUGGAGGUUCGAGAAGAGCAAUGAUGCCGGAGAUGCUGUUUACACGUUCGAAAUACCAUUCCAUGGGAAGACUUACGUCCUCAAGGCUCUCAUGCAGUGCCCGGCCGAGACGGUUUACCAGGAAGUAAUUCUUCAACCCGAAAAGAUGGUCUUGUGGAACAGGACGGUGGCAAAUUGCCAGAUCCUGCAGCGGGUGGACGAUAACACUUUGGUAUCGUAUGAUGUGUCUGCUGCGGCAGCAGGCGGUGUGGUGUCACCAAGGGAUUUUGUAAAUGUUCGAAGGAUUGAGAGGAGGAGGGACAGAUACGUCUCUGCAGGUAUAGCAACCGCACACCAUGCCAAGCCACCGCUCACCAAAUAUGUUCGAGGAGAAAAUGGCCCCGGGGGCUUUGUGGUAAUAAAAAGUUCUAGAAAUCCCACUGUCUGCACUUUCAUCUGGAUCCUUAACACAGAUCUAAAGGGUCGGUUACCUCGUAAUCUUAUUCACCGGAGUCUGGCCGCUACGAUGUUUGAGUUCUGCGGGCACCUGCGGAAGAGGGUGAAGGACCUUCACGGAGGAGCUUCGUAGUCUCUGCGUCUGAGAGGAGAGUCUGGCCGGGACUGUCUAUUAUCCUGCUGGCGAUGGCACUGACCAAAGGCUGUAAUCCAUUCCAUUGCAAGAAGCCGGAGAUGUAAAUAGGCUGCUCCCUGAGCAUCAUUUAUUCUCCUUCCACAUAAAUACUCAUCAGAGAACAGCAGAGAUCUGAAUGUCGGUGGCCUUUUGUACUGGAUAAUCCUUGGAUUUCUUGCACACUGUAUCAAGGAGGAUAGUUUACUACCUUUGGCCUUCCAUUAAGGGCUCUGUGAAGAGGAGCAGGGGUAACAAAGUGGUUAAUACCUCGGAAAACAGCAAGAAGGCAGCUUUUCAGAACUUUUGAAAAUGACAUUGUCCUGUUAUGUGUGUUUUUUGUAAUUUUUUUUUUUUAAAUCAGUGACUGAGAUAGGACUUUGGUUGCAUUAACAUUCAAUGGUUAAUCCCAUGCAGGGCAUGCAGGCUAACCCGCUAUAGGUUAUUUACAGAUGUUUGUUUCAGCGGUCGGUGUUGCGGCAGGUACAUCGGCAGUGGUCGAGGGGCUUGUAGCCGCCCCUGUGAGAGACAAAAGGUGCACAUGGCAGAUUUCGGGGGGUGUUUUCACAAACUAACUUUUCUUUAACACUUUGUUUUACCGUAUUUAGAUAACAUGAGGAUUUACCUUAA